GCCUGAGAAGAGGCAGAUGGAGCGCAGCCAUCACAGUGACCGACGUCACCACAGCGCCCUGCCUGCCACGCUCCUGCUGCCUCUAAGAUGUGCCCUGGCAACUGGCUCUGGGCCUCCAUGACGUUCAUGGCCCGCUUCUCCCGAGGCAGCUCGAGGUCUCCCGUGCGCUCCAGGGGGAGCCUGGAGGACAUGCCGCCCACACAGCACCCCUUCCUCAACGUCUUUGAGCUGGAGCGCCUGCUCUACACAGGCAAGACGGCCUGCAACCACGCCGACGAGGUCUGGCCCGGCCUGUACCUCGGAGACCAGGAUGUGGCCAGCAACCGGCGGGAGCUCCGCCGAUUGGGCAUCACCCAUGUGCUCAACGCCUCACACAGCAGGUGGCGGGGCACACCCGAGGCCUACGAAGGGCUGGGCAUCCGCUACCUGGGCGUGGAGGCCCACGACUCGCCCGCCUUCGACAUGAGCACCCACUUCCAGCCCGCUGCCGACUUCAUCCACCGGGCACUGAGCCAGCCGGGAGGGAAGAUCCUGGUGCACUGUGCGGUGGGUGUGAGCCGCUCAGCCACGCUGGUGCUGGCCUACCUCAUGCUGUACCACCGCCUCACCCUCGUGGAGGCCAUCAGAACCGUCAAAGACCACCGUGGGAUCAUCCCCAACCGGGGCUUCCUGAGGCAGCUCCUGGCCCUGGACCGCAGACUGCGGCAGGGUCUGGAGGCGUGAGGGGGCAGAGGUCGCCAGGCCCAGGGGUCCCUGGCUCCCAGCUGGAGAGAGGAGGCCCCGGGGCAGGUGGCAGAGGACCAGCUAACCACCCUGCCCUGGCGGCAGGAGAGGGCCGGUGGCCUGGCCCACCGGGGGCUCCCUGGGGAGGGCAGGGCAGUGAGGCUCAGUGUGGCCGCCCCAGGUGGGGGCUGGCCGGGGCAGGAGCCAGGAUGGAGGCCAAGGAGGUUUCUGGGACUGGACCCGCUGGGCUCCAGCCAGGGUACCCAUUGAUUCACGGCCUGCCCUCGACGCACCCAAGUGUCCCCUCUCUGACUCACCUACACGCAGGGCCAUCUGUCCUGUGCCUGUGCAGAGACGGCAAGCCUGGCCGCGACAGUGCGGAGCGCGUGCAUCGCGGUGUGGACACACAGUGACGAGAUGGGCAGAGGAGCUGCAUACCCACAGCAGGCACAGACUGCGACCGACGUGGGGCACCACAGGACUGCGUGCUGUGAGGCUGCAGUCCCUCACCGACAGACGCAGGGCGCACAGCGUGGAGGGGGGCCGUGGACGUCGUCCUGUGAGGAAGGGUCCCGAGACCUAGGAGACCACCUCGCUGGGUACAGGAAGCCGACGCCCGGGGGUGGGACGGGCCCCAGCAGUGCCCAGUGGCCCCUGCGUGCCAGCUCACAACCCUGCUGGCUAACCAUGGCCUCGGCUACCUGACUGGAGUGGUGGGAGACAGGGGCAUGGUGGGGCACAGCUGGGCCGGCUCAGGACAGUCCGGGCAGCUGCUGGUCCAGGACAGCCGGGGCGGGGCCGGGUGGAUGGCAGUGGGGACCCUGCUUGGGGGUCUCUCUUUUUCUCCCCUUCUCGUGGAAGAAAUAAACUAAAAAGAGAGAAACCUUGAGCUGUUAUUUCCAGCUAGUCCACCGGGAGGCAGCAGAGGACCAAAACCUUCAGCCGUGCCACCAGGCCGCCCUGCUGAGGGCCACAGAACCGCCACCGCCACCAGCACCGCACCGCCACCGGUGCCUGAAACGGGCCUCUGUUCCCACGCUCACCAUGAAUCUGGGGGCAGGCACAAGCCACAGCACCCCCAAACGUACUGACAGUGGUUCUUCCGCGGUCCAGGUCCUCGGUUAGGAGGGUUAGGCUCUUCCUCCCACGCCCUCUGCAGACAGCCCUUCCCUCCCAGGGGGCGAAGUAGCCCUCCUGGUCUCUGCCUGUCCCCGCUGGCCUGCA